AUGUCUCCAGAAGAGAAAAGCGACGAACCAGGUGAGUGGAGUUUAUCAGUUGAUGGUUCAUCCAAUGUCAAAGGCAGUGGUGCUGGAGUGAUCUUAGAAGGGCCAGGAGGCGUAACAAUUGAACAGUCACUCAAGUUUGAUUUUCAAGCGAGUAACAAUCAGGCAGAGUACGAGGCUAUAAUUGCAGGGUUAAGAUUGGCGAUCGAAAUGGGCGUACAAAGCAUCAGGAUCAAAACAGAUUCACAGAUAGUUUCAAGACAGAUUCAGGGAGAGUAUCAAGCCAAAGAUGCACAAUUGGCCAAGUACUUAGUGAAGGCUCAGAAUUUGAUGAAGCAGGUGGACAAAGUGCAGAUUAAUCAUGUUCCGCGAGAGGAGAAUACAAGGGCUGAUAUAUUGUCAAAGCUAGCAAGUGCCAAAAAGGUAGGGAAUAACAAAUCAGUGAUCCAGGAAGUUUUAAAUAGCCCAAGUAUUGAAAAUGAUGAGGUUAUGGCAAUUUCGAUGGCAAUAGAUCAAGAUUGGAUGGGCCGAAUCAAGUUGUGUUUGGAGGCGGAAGGAACUGACCUAUUUAUGUUUACUAAGGAUCAAAUUUGGGAAGCAAGUCAUUAUACUCUUUUGGGAGAUCAAUUGUACAUGAGAGGAGUAGGAGUCUCAUUGCUGAGAUGCGUUUCCAAGGAAGAGGCUGAAAGAAUUAUGUUUGAAGUACAUGAGGGAGUGUGUGCAAGUCACGUGGGUGGAAGAUCUUUGGCAGCGAAAGUGCUAAGAGCAGGAUUUUAUUGGCCAUCGCUAAGGUCAGAUUGUAUGGAAUAUGCAAAAAAGUGUGAAAAAUGCCAGAUAUAUGCAGAUUUACAUAGAGCAUCGCCGGAAGUCUUAAGUUCAAUGAGUUCAUCAUGGCCAUUUGCAAUGUGGGGCGUAGAUAUCUUGGGACCUUUCACUCCAGCAUGGUCACGAGUUAAAUUCAUCUUAGUUGCAGUGGAUUAUUUUACUAAAUGGAUUGAGGCAGAGAGUGUGAAGAAUUUUUGUGCAGAAAUGGGAAUUGAGAUGCGUUUUGCUUCAGUAGAGCACCCACAAUCAAAUGGACAAGUGGAGUCUGCGAAUAAAGUGAUUUUGAAUGGAAUCAAGAAGCGAUUGGGCGAAGUAAAAGGAUUAUGGGCUGAUGAAUUGAUCACGGUCGUUUGGGCAUAUAAUACAACGCCACAGUCUACAACUGGGGAGUCACCUUUCAAGUUAACUUAUGGAGUUGAUGCAAUGAUUUCAGUGGAAGUGCAGGAUGUGACUUUCAGGGUAGAGACUUAUGACGAAGAGCAGAAUGAUAUGAAUAGACUUGUUGAUUUGAAUUUGGCUGAUGAGACUCAUGCAUAA